AUGACGACAAUAACACAUCAACAAAUGAAACGAUAUUAUAUUGAUCAAAAUUUAACUUUUCCUAUUCCAAAAAAUUUCAAACGAUUAAGAGAUUGUUCUUCUAAACAUGAUUGGACGGUAGAAUCAAGAAAAAAACUUAAAAAACAAGAAGAAGAACACCACCACCACCAACAACAAUAUCAUUGUCAAGUUUAUUUAAAUUUAUUUCCAUCAACAUUAAAAUGUUCAAUUGAUGUUAUUGUUAAAUCGAUAGAUAAAUCUAUCGAUGACUAUAAUGAUAAUAAUUCAAUUUUAAUAGGAAAAUCACGAAUAGCAAAAAUGAUUAAACCAGGUGUUAUUCGUGUUCGUCUAGUUUCAUCUUUAUUUGAUGCAGAUACUGAUGUACAUGAAGAUGUAUCUCUUAUUAAACUUGAAACAAUUCAAAAUCAACCUUAUAUUAAUCAUUUCGAUAAACAAUUUGCUCUUAUAUUAAAAAAUAAUCGAAUUGGUCCUGGUGUUAUUGGAAAAUUAUUUAUUGAAUCCUUAGAUCCAUCGAAUGGAUCAUAUACAAAUAAUCCACCUAUAUUUGAACUCAAUCUUAAUUUAACAUCAGAACAUGAAAUUCUAUUGACUUCAUCACAUCAGAAAAUUCAUGAUAAUGUACCUUUACAAUGUGGUUGUAUUCUUUCUCCUGAUCCAUCUUGCUUAAUUAUUAGUGACAAAUGCAAUUUGACAUUGGAGAAUGAGAAACUUAUUCAUCGUUUAUCUGAUCCUCUUCGUUGUUUAUGGAAGUCAAUUGGUCGUGAAUUAUCGCCAUGUUUUUCUGAAAUUGAUCUAAAUGAAUUAAAUCAAAGAUAUUUCUUAAUCGAAGGAAAUUAUGAAUGUACUUAUCAAUUAUUACGAUUAUGGCAUGAACGUGAUCCUCAUCAAGCAAAUAUACGUUUUCUAUUGACUCGAUUGAAACUUCCUUGUCAAAUUAUUAAAACAAUUCACAAUGAUAUUGUGAGAACAUUUUCUACUUGA